GAGAUUGUAGAAACCUGCGAUCACUUUUCUUGCUGGAGCCGCGCGCAGCGUCGACGAGAGCAGCAGCCCCUCGACAGUCACCACACUCGCAGCCACCACUGCCAUUGCGGAUACAGCCCACGCGGAUAGCCAUCCACAACUGCGAACGGGAUCCCUGCGCCACCAGCAACCCCAGCAGCAGCAGGCGUGACCAUAUGGCCCCAGGAGACAUCCCGUCAAACUCGACGCUGACCCGCCAAGACAGCGGGUACUUCCACCGAGACACCAUGAGCUACACGGUGAGCGAGGGUCCGCGGUCAACACUGUUCGAUAAGCACCUUGAGGAGCUGUACGCGAGCGACGAACCGGUCGACGGCGUGGCGUUCUUCGAGUCGGCAGGGUAUUACGAUGAUGUGGAAGGCAACACGGUGAAGGGAUUCAUCGAGACGUGGGGACGACAGACGUUCUGGGGCGAGGACAACCCACCGAUGAUGAUUGCACCGGACGGCACGGUCACUGCAGUGUGUCCGCCGAAAAGGUCCGACAAACAGGAAUACGACGACGUUGAAGAGAAGGCAUCGUUGGACGAACUCUUCCACGAUUACAUGCAAAGUCGCGCGGCUGUGUCGAAGAUCUAUUUUGAAACGCGAAAGCUGCGCACCAACUUGGAACAAACGUCGUCAGCAUUUCGGAACGGCAAGGACACGAUGGCGGCGAUUGAUCGGCUGCGCCUCAAGCUCCUGUGCGACUCGGACCUAGAGGACGACACGGAUGACGAGAUGGACAGCGAAGCAUCGUUUGCGGGCAACUACCUCAUGGGCAUCAACCUGAACCUGCCAGCGUCGUCGAUGGCGCCGUAUUUCGGCCACCUUCGCGUACUCAAGCCAGGUCGAGUGCACUUGUUUGGGAGCUUCGACAAGCGUUGGUUUUACCUGGAUUUCAUCAAGGGCGAACUCGCGCUGUUUGCUCGCAGCUACUGGAAGACACCCAAAGGCAAGAUCGACAUGCGCGUCGUCGUGCGCAUCUCGCCGAUCAACGACACUGACUUCACGAUUGAACUGGCGGGGGAACACAGCGUGUACGUACGCGCCAACUCGGCCGAGAAGAUGCAGUCGUGGAUCACGCUGCUUCUGUACGCAAGGAAGCAAGCACGGCUGCACAGCGGUGGUGGCGGAUCCCAGCGGUCCAUCGCAAGCCACGCGUUUCACUCGACGCCGCCAACGCUCAGCACCCAGAGGGCAUCCCUUGCACCGAUGGCAUCGUCGUCCAACCUCCGCGCCGCCCCAUUGUCCGCGCCUCUUCCAUCCAGGCCCCAUCAGGUUUGACGUCCGCUCUCGAGUCAACUGAGCCGGAAUGGUAGCGCUCCCAGUCGUGGAACCCUGGCAACCUCUUCAAGUUUGGCACGUCAUCGACCGUAGCAUGACGGCCGCGCGACGCCCAGCAUUUUUAUGACAAAAAAACGUGCCAAGACAGCAAUUGGCAAGCACAAACUCAAAUCGGUGGUGGCCGACACCACCACGUUGUAUCAAGCACCCUGGCUGCCUGGCCACGGGCGUGUAGAAAAAAAGUUGUUAGGACCGCCAGAUUCCCACCCCCCUGCCCGCGUAAGCACGAUGAAUGUUGCCAUCGAGUGCGGA